UCAGUUGAGCAAGUUCAUUAGACAGUCCAUCUUUUAAAAAAAUUAUUGGAUUUAUCUCCUGAAUAUUCUUAUUCGUUUUCCUCUUUUUAUUAAGCCAGCUCUUUUCAGCAACUUUUUAACUCAGAUCUCGAAGUUUCAGAAAACAAGGAUGAAGAAAGUUGUGUUGAAAUUGGAGAUUGCUGAUGAAAAAAUAAAGCAAAAGGCAAUGAAAACAGUAUCUGGCCUCUCUGGGGUUGAAUCAAUUGCAAUGGAUCCGAAGGAUAAGAAACUGACAAUAACCGGUGACAUCGAUCCGGUUAAGGUGGUGGCUAAACUGAGGAAGCUCUGUGGUACAGAAAUUGUUUCGGUCGGACCGGCAAAAGAGCCUGAGAAGAAAAAGGAAGAGCCCAAAAAAGAAGAAGGCAAGAAAGAUGAUGGGAAGAAAGGAGAUGACAAGAAAAAAGAUGGUCCAAAACAAGAAAUUGUUCAUCUGCCAACGGCUUAUCAUCCAUAUUAUCAUAACCAACAACCUUAUUAUCAUCAAUAUCCACCACCUGCUUAUUAUGGUAGAAGUGUGGAGGAGGAUCCGAAUUCAUGUGUUAUUUGCUAAAAUAAAAACUAGGAUUUGAUCCUCAUUAGUGAGUUUUCUUGGAUGUUUGUGUGGGAACUUUUGAUCUUUGUUAAAUGAACUCUUAUCUAGUUUUUUGUUUUUUCUCUUGAGAUGGUGUAAGAAUUAUAUAUUCUCCUAGUAGCAAAAAAAUUGAGCUCAAUUUUAUUCGAGGUUUGUGCAGAUGUAAGCAUGUCAACUUUUGAUAUACAUGAUCCAGUCGAUCACGAGAGUA